AUGGACUUAGAGGAUACAUUCCUUGCUAAAGUUUCUGGUGUUCAAAGCCUUUCUUCCAGUGUGCAAAGCACCCCAGAAAAAAAUGGCAAUUCAGAUGAUGCUUCAAGAAGUCCAGAACUCCUUCAAGAGUUUCUAAAAUCUGGUCCCAAAAAGGAACUUCUUCGAACUUGCUUUGAUAAGGACAAGAAGCAAACAGCUUCAUCAAAAAGCAAAAUGAUGGAACUUCUGAAGACCGGUAACAAAACUACCAAGAAGCAGGAAACCAAAAAAGCUUCUUCUAGUCCUAAUAAUCAACCUUCUUCUAAGAAGCAACAAAGAAAGGGGGAAAAUCCUAUGAGACUUGUACCUCCUUCUGAGCAGUCACCCAAUUUUGGAUGUUCAAACUCAUGGAUAUGUAAAAAUUCAGCUUGUAGAGCUGUUCUUUCCAUUGACGACACGUUUUGCAAGAGGUGCUCUUGCUGUAUUUGUCAUUUAUUUGAUGACAAUAAAGACCCUAGUCUCUGGUUGGUUUGCACAUCUGAAAGUGGUCAGGUGGACUCCUGUGAGCUAUCUUGUCAUAUUGAGUGUGCCCUUCAACGUGAAAAGGUGGGGGUUGUUGACCUUGGCCAAUUGAUGCAGCUAGAUGGUAGUUAUUGUUGUGCGUCUUGUGGUAAAGUUUCAGGGAUUCUCGGAAGUUGGAAGAAGCAGCUAAUUAUAUCAAAGGAUGCCCGUCGUCUUGAUGUUCUCUGUUAUAGGAUAUACUUGAGCUACAGGCUACUUGAUGGGACUUCAAGGUUUAAAGAACUGCAUGAAAUUGUUAGGGAUGCCAAGGCUAAACUAGAAACAGAAGUAGGUCCAGUAAAUGGUGUUUCUGCCAAGAUGGCACGGGGCAUUGUCAGCAGACUCUCUGUCGCUGGUGAUGUGCAGAAACUUUGUUCUCUUGCAAUUGAAAAGGCAGAUGAAUGGCUCACUACCAUUUCUAGUGCAAACCCAAACUGCAGAGAGGAUUCCCUUCCUGCUGCUUGCAGAUUCUUAUUUGAAGAAGUGAAAUCCUCAUCUGUUGUUAUUAUUUUAAUUGAAUUGUCUACUGCGUCAUCUGAUGAUAUUAAGGGCUACAAGCUCUGGUAUUGCAAGAGUAGAGAAGAGACACAUGCAAAAGAACCUAUUUUCGCAAGGAAUAGUAAGAAAGAGAAUACUGUCACUGGAGGAUGUACUUCUAGUUACAAUCAGGAUUCUGAAACUACAACCGCUGUUAAUUCUUCUGGCUUCAAGGUUCGAGACCUUGGAAAGAUCCUCCAUUUGGCUGGGGCUCAACAGCAAGGCUGCUUUGAAGGUUUCUGUAGCGCUGAUACUGAAAAAUGCUGUGGAGCGAGCAAAGUGGUCAAGCCUCAAACUUCUGAAGAUCCAGUGCCAUCUGUCUCGCAUGGGCUAGACUUGAAUGUUGUUUCAGUGCCUGAUUUGAAUGAAGAGCUGACUCCUCCAUUUGAGUCUUCCCGUGAUGAGGAUAAUGGGUGCACUUUGGAGCAGGCUAUUGAGGCAGAUGAUGAUGCUGCUUCUCAUGAUGUAGAGAAAAAUGGUUUAGCAAGAUCUCAUGGUAGUGGUGACUCCCAGACCUGGACGCAUGGGCCAAGUGGGGAAGUGCCCACUGUUGAUUCCCGGUCAGAGUUGUGCAGGAAAAGAGCUGCACACACAAAUGAAGACUUGCAUGACUGUGAUAGCACUUUGAUAAACGGAUCACCAUUCCGUGUGUCCAGUGGUUCCGGUUACCUGGAUGAGAACUUUGAGUACUGUGUGAAGACAAUCCGAUGGUUGGAAUGUGAGGGUCACAUCAACCAGGAAUUUAGGUUGAAAUUGCUGACAUGGUUUAGCUUGAGAUCGACAGAACAAGAACGUAGAGUGGUUAACACCUUCAUCCAAACUCUGAUUGAUGAUCCUAGUAGCUUGGCAGGACAGCUGGUUGACUCUUUCUCAGAUAUCAUAUCCAGCAAGAGGCCACGGAAUGGUUUCUGCAGCAAGCUGUGGCAUUAA